AAGUGCUGAUAACAGGUGAUAACACACUUGGUUUGUAAGUUAUUUUGGAUGAAAGUUCAAUCACAGAGUGUUUUAUUUUUAAACCGAAAUGCUUAUGUAAGGAUUUUAUUUUGGAAUCUAGAAUAGAAACAAACAGAGAUAAAAUAUCGCGGUACUAUGAUCUUGCACAUUUUCCAAACGAUAGGACACCGAUUUUUGGGACAGUUUACUGAUUCAAUUACACGAUGCUUCCACUGAUCGCACUUGUUCUCAUUUUGGCAACUUGUGGAGCCAUUAAAAUUUAUUUAAAACUGACUACAGGAUGGUGCAAAAGUCGGACGUGUCUGCUUGGCAAGACGGCCCUAAUUACCGGAGCAAACAGCGGUAUUGGUUACGAGACGGCUUUAGACUUCGCCAAAAGGGGGGCUCGUGUCAUUUUAGCUUGUCGCAGUCCAGCCAAAGCGGAGGAAGCGCGCUCGAAAAUUAUUUCCGAAACCGGGAACGAGAACAUUGUCGUGAAAAACCUGGACAUGGCUUCAUUCGCAUCGGUCCGAGCCUUUGCCAAAGAAAUUAACGAGACGGAAAACCGCCUCGAUAUUCUGGUCAAUAAUGCGGGAAUGAUCGGCCGUUGGGGCGAAACCACCGAAGACGGGCUCCCAGUUUUGAUGCAAACUAACCAUUUUUCGGGCUUUCUCCUUACGAAUUUGUUGGUCAAUUUGUUGAAACAAACACAGGGUCGUAUCGUCAACGUCUCCUCGGUGGCCGCUCGACGAGCCCGUGAUUUCACCUUGGAGAAAAUUGUCAAGCAAAAUAGGCGGUUUGGGCGCGACUAUGCCUAUUCCAAAUUGUGUAAUAUUUUGUUUACACAAGAACUGGCUAGGAGACUGCAGGGGACAGGUGUUACGGCCUAUUCGCUGCAUCCAGGUGUUGUCAAGACGAAUUUCUUCGACAAUACGAGUGCCUAUUUCAAGAUUCUGGUUGCAGUUCUUUUGAAUUUGUUCUCAAAAACUUCGGAAGAAGGGGCGCAAACUACGAUUUAUUGUUCCGUGACGAAGGGCUUGGAAGGGUUCAGUGGAGAACACUUUUCUGAUUGUAAGAGGAUAGAGCCGUACAAGACAGCGAGGGAGCCUGGGCUUGCCAGGAAACUAUGGGAAAAGUCCGAGGAAAUUGUCAACUUGUAAAAUUGUAAAAAUAUGAAAUAAACAAUUUGCUGGUUUUUAUUUAUAUCCGCUGUUAAUAAACAAAUUCUAAAAAAAACA